AUGUUAAUAAAAUUGGCCCUGAGGCGGUCAAGUGAUUCGGCACCUCGUAGUUUUCUCAUAUCUUUUGAUCUCGCCGCAAAUAAUAUACUAUUUCUGUACACAAACUCCCGGAGCACUAACUACUUGCCCGGAGAGACCGGACCCGCUUUAAUUAAAUUUUUAGACUCAAUGAGUAAAAGUCCACCAAAUGUUGACAUCCCUUAUAACAAGAAUACAACGUAUUGUUUCGAUAACGAGUCGUUUCGAUAUCUCGUGGCUUCGGUUCCGCCAAAUAAUAUACAGUUUGACCCAAAAUUUAAAUCAAAUUUUGUUGAGAGUUGGAAAAGAUCAGUAGAUGAAUGUCGGCGUCUAUUCAAUCACAUAAUACAACUGCCGGCACACAAAGUGAUGGACACCUUAUCGCUGAAUAACGCCAAACAAAUCAUACAAUUAUUAACCAAACCGUUGGCCGACAUCACGAAGAAUAUCGCGGAUAACGUAAAGCAAUGCAAAAACCAUAGAAUUGAUGUCAAAGAGUUUGUGGGAACCAUUGAAGAGCUCCAGAAUAAGCUAUACAUACCGUCGGUUGAGAUAAUAUCCGUACCGUUAGACCGGCCAAAGACUGUGUGCGGCGACAGCCGGUGCUGCAAACGCGUAACAAUCACUAAUGAUUUGACCGAGACUAAAUACACUACUGAAUGUCAUUCACCAUGCUACCUGGAUUUUAGCGAUGGUCACGUUGUGGGCAAUAAAGGUUUGCUCGGAUGCAAAGCAUUUAAUAGAUACAGCGGCACCGAUCGUGACCCUGGUGAACCGAGAAAAUCCACGUUUAUUAGGGCAUUAAAAAUGACCGGGGAGAAAAUUAUGGAGACACUGGGCCAGUCGCACGUGUGUCGCGCGUGCGGACACGGCUAUGAAAAGCACCUGCACAUAUUUUACGAAACACACGCUAAAGUUACCAAGGUGGAUGCGAACAUUAUUGAUACCAAGAUCAAAAUGGCUCAAUUGGCCGCUGAGGCCAAAGAGCAACAGAUCCGACGUCUGGACCAACGGAUCGCCGAAUUGAAGGCCGAAAACGAGACAAUCGUUCAGUCGAUGUCAAUGUUUGCCUGUUUUCUGGCAAACAAUGCCUUAACGCCGGUAAACGACGCGUUUGUAGACUAUGUGCGACACCUGAUAGCCAACGAACGGUACGGCACUACCGGUGCCGCCGGCAGUCAGACAACAAUCAAACGACUCGAACACGUGUUAAAGCAAUACGAGAAGGAAAAACAGAUUAUUACAAAUGCUAAGAAAAGUGAUGCCCAAAAGUCGGUGAUUACCCUGGCUAAAAUUAAUGAAUGCGUCGACCUAUUGUGCUCGCUCAAACAUAAAGGCCCCUACAUUAGCAUAAUGCUCGACCAACAGCGUCAAGCUAAAGUGAAACACCACACGGCACACAAUCAGGUGAAUUACAACGCCACCGACCAUAGCGGGUUUAAUAAGUAUUUGAACCUGUCAAACUGUAUAUUAUUUGGCGGAACUGAAGCCACGAGAUAUCGAAAGGACUCGGAAUCGAAACAAUAG